AACAGCACUUCCGCCAUUUCCUGUUGUGGACUCUGUUGCACAGGACAAUCCUCUGAUCCACGAUAUGAAAUAAAUGCGGCUAUGUGGAUGAAUGGCGCUAGAUUUUUAUUAUCUUCUGCUUCUCAGAGGUGUCCUUUAUGAGCAUGCGAUGGGUCACGGAGAUGGCAGCAUCUGCUGUCGCACCUGAUGUCAUGACGCUGUUGCUAUUUCCCAUGACAACCGCGCAUCGGAUCCAAUAAAUAUUCAGUGCCUUGCAAAAGCCGUUGGAAUUGGAAGGGAAAUUAUACAAAGUUUUAUUCACUCUGAGGAGCCACCAUGCCUAUCACACUGCUGUGGGCCGUGGAUGUGUACGGCAGAGUGUACAGCCUCUCCACAGCUGGCCAGCGCUGGGUCCGAGCUGACGACAUGCUGCUGGAGCUGAAGCGUGUCACUGCAGGCAAGGGACGCUGCUGGGGCAUCGGCUGUGAUCACCACAUCUAUCUGAACAUAAUGCCUAGUGAGACUUCCCUCCGUUACCGGGAGGAGACCUAUGAGAACCAGAGGUGGAACCCAGUGGAUGGCUUCACGGACGUGCUGCUGCCCACCGACCGCUGGCCCUGGAGCGAUAUCACCGGGAUGAAUCCACAGCCGCUCCACAGUUUCCAGCUGCCCUCACGGAGCUGGGAGUGGGAAGGUGACUGGUAUGUGGAUCAGAGCUGUGGAGAACCCAGCCAGACUGGGGGUUGGGAGUAUGCCGUCGAUUUUCCGGCCAACUUCUCGCCAGACAAGAAGUGGAACUCCUGUGUCCGUCGUAGACGAUGGAUCCGUUACAGAAGAUACACAGCACAAGGCACUUGGGCAAAGAUCCCUUUGGAUAAUCCUAGGAAGCCCCCCCUGCCACUCUGUGACAUCAGCUGUGGUGGCUGGGAGAUGAGCGACCAGUCUGGGAGAUAUCCAUACCUCUGGAGCGUGUCACAGCAAGGGCAGGUGUGGUUCAGGGAGGGAAUCCACCCCCGUGUGCCGGAGGGCACCAGCUGGGAGGAGGUGGAAGUACCUAAAGAAGUGGCACAGUUAUCAGUCGGCCCUGGGGACCUUCUGUGGGCUUUACUGUGGGAUGGAAACCUGCUGGUUCGUACAGGCCUCAGUCUUGAUAGCCCAACAGGUACCUCCUGGUUGGAGGUGGAAUCGCCCUCAAAGGAGGUGGAGGCUCUUCACGUGGCUGUCGGAGUCAGUGUUGUGUGGGUGGUCACAAAGGACUAUAAGGUGUGGUUCAGGCGUGGCGUAAACUCCCACAAUCCCUGUGGCUCUGGCUGGAUCAGUAUUGGGGGGGAGAUGAUGAUGGUGGACGUGGGACUCAGUGACCAGGUGUGGGCCGUUGGUGAGGAUCGUGGGUUGUAUUUUAGGGUGGGUGUGACCCAGUCUGAGCCCAGUGGAAAUGGCUGGAUCCCUGUUUCUGCCCAGUGGGGCAGUAAUAAAGAGAUCAUUCCACCUAGGGAUGAGUGUGAAUUUAGUGGCCAGCUAACUGAGGCCUCACAAGGUUCUGCCCCAAGUGGCACUGAUUUAGACUCUGAGUUGGGUCCAACUAACUCAGAGCACAGCGCUGCUCCAAUACUGGAGGCAGCAGCUUCCUCUAUUGUCCCUUUGGGGGGAACCGACACAUCGGCACCUCCCCAGGAGGUAAAUGAACCCUCCUCAGCCCCUCAGCAAGAUGCUCCAAAAGCCUUCAUCCCAGCCAGCGACAGCUUUAUCAACAGUCUGGUCUCUGACCGUGACAAAACAACAUCAACACAGCCGUCCAUCACAGAGAUGCCGCAGGAAGGCAGCGUGGACCUACCUCCAGCUCCGGUCCUCCCCACCCUUCCAGCCGCAGGGCAUGACAUCCCCUUUAUGAACGUGGACCUCGAAGGAGCAGAGGCGGCCCGGGGUGCACAGGCAGCAGGGCGUUCGCUGAGCGAUGUCCUGGGAACCCUCGAGAACUCACAGGGCAUCGGGGAAGAGGACGGACCAGUGUGGACUUGGGUUUCUGGUGGAGGAUGCGAUGUGGAUGCAAGUUCACAGAUCAGCUGGCUCAGUCCUACAGGUCCUCUCACCUGUUCCCUGUCUUUGACUCCUGUGCAAUCAGCAGCCUGGAGAGAGCAGGUCCAGCAGCAGGAACAUCAAGAGAUCAGCAGGAAACCUUUGGAGAGAAGCAACUCUGUGUGGGUCCGUAAAGGUGCAUUGCGCUGGUGGAGAGACUGGAAGCCGCAGCGCUGGGUGGAUGUAGGUGUUGCUCUUGAGCAAUCCACCAAGUCGGAUGGGAGGAAGGACAGCAUCUUCUUCGUCUAUUACACUCAAUAUGAUGAGAAAAAGUACCUUCAGUUGUUCAUAAAUGAAGUGACAGCGCUGGUACCGGUUCUGCAAGACUGCCACUACACCUUUGCAGUGUACACAGCCGAAAGAACCAAACAAAGAUGGCCGCUGGUCUUGGCGGCACAAUCAGAGGAGCAUAUGAAUGACUGGCUGGACCUGUUGUCAGGCUGUUGCUGUGAGUGUCGAGGGAUUGCAGGGACUCCGUCCAGACAGGCGCUGUGGUCCACCACCUCCAAGGGAGACAUCAUGUUGCAUGAGCCCUCCCUGUCCCUGGAGGCUCUGGCUCACGCUGUUCCCUGCGACCUUAUGUUUUGGCGCCAGAUCCCGGGCCACCUGCGCUGCGUAGAGUCUAACAGCCUGGGGCUGGUGUGGGGCAUCGGGUGGGACGGCACUGCCUGGGUCUACAGCGGGAGCUUUGGGCAGCAGCCCAGUCCGGUCAACCCUGAGAUGCACUUGCAGACUGAUGUCAGGAGUAUACAUGUAUAUGAGAAUCAGCGAUGGAACCCAAUGACUGGUUAUACUGACAAAGGACUUCCUACCGAUCGCCCCAUGUGGAGUGAUGAGAGCGGGCUAAAGGAGUGCACCAAAGGCAACACGCAUCCCCCCUCCCCUCAGUGGUCCUGGGUGUCGGAGUGGGCUGUGGAUUUCACCGUUCCUGGAGGAACGGACAAAGAAGGCUGGCAAUAUGCUGCAGACUUUCCCACGACAUUUCAUGGCCACAAAACCAUGAAGGAUUUUGUGAGACGCCGAAGAUGGACAAGGAGGUGCAAGAUAACAGUGAGAGGUCCGUGGAAGAUGGUGCCGCCCAUUCAUCUAAGUGACAUCUCUCUGAUGCCAUGUCUGGCCCAGAGCAAAAUGAAGGAGGUCCCUGUGUGGGCUCUCAGUGACAAGGGAGAUGUUCUAUGUCGGCUCGGAGUGAGUCCCCAGAACCCUGCGGGUAGCUCCUGGCUCCAUGUAGGCACAGAUCAGCCCUUUAAGUCCAUCUCCAUUGGAGGAGCCAAUCAGGUGUGGGCCAUCACGAGGGAUGGAGCUGUGUUUUACAGAGGAUCAGUCUCUCCAGAAAACCCUGCAGGAGAAUGCUGGUACCACAUACCCUCUCCUCCUAGGCAGAACCUCAGACAGCUCUCCGUCGGCCGGACUUCCGUCUUUGCUGUAGAUGAAAACAGUAACCUGUGGUACAGACAGGGCCUCACGCCCAGCUACCCUCAGGGCUCUGCCUGGGAGCUCAUCUCUAACAACGUCACCAAGGUGUCUGUGGGACCACUGGACCAGAUUUGGAUCGUGGCAGAUGGAGUUCCAGGCUUUCCUACUGAGACUCCUGGAGCCAUCUGCCACAGGUUGAGUGUUGGACCCAUGCAACCCAAGGGGCUGUCCUGGGAUUAUGGCAUAGGAGGAGGAUGGGAGCACAUCAGUGUGAGGGGAAACGCAUCAGAGCCCGUUCGGGGCCCCCAGCCUCCUCCUGGGGGCGCCUCACGCUCCCCGGCCCCCCAGCGACCUACGACCCAGGUGAACGGGAGCGCUGUGUGUGUGUAGCGCCCCCACAGUCCCUCCUGAGCCCCCAGCCCUCUUCGUGCCUGGAAAUACCUUUGUUUCCUCGGACCUAAUCCACAUUCCUUCCACGUAAAGGGACCGCACAAUCAUUAAACUGACUUUUUGACUGAGCUCUUCGGUUGGAAUUGAUCGAUGGAUGAAUGUUACUGCAGGGCGGAUUUGCACAGGGAAAACAAAUAUUUCAGUAUUCAGUAAAGGAAAGUGAAGUAUGCAAAAACCUAAAUUGUAUGGCUUUUUUGAUUUCUUGUAAAAUCUUUUUUCUUUUCAAAACAAAAGCAGAUGCAUGUCUGAUCUUACCACUGGAUUGAAGCAAUACUUGUAUGCAUAUUUUCAGCUUCCUGUGAAAACCUAAGAGGGUGAGAUUUUAUUUAAGGGCUACGCUUUGGUUUCUUAAUGAACUUUAAAAGUGUAACCUAAAAUGGACUGGUUUUUAGUUUUACUCUCAUUUUGAGUGAUUUCCUUAUCAAGUGUCUGUUUGCAUUCAAUUUUAAAUCAUUUACUAUGCAUUGUUGAAGUUAGUUUCUGUUAUUUUGUCCUGCUGUUUGCUGUUGUAGAGCUUACAACAUGCUUUUUUUUUUUUUUACUAAGCAGAAGGAAACAUCUCGGUCUUUACUACCAAAGGAUACCUCUCCACCCUUUUGCAGUAAAUUAAUGUUCCUUUUAAUGCACACCUCCGUUCAUAAAACUACAAUGACCGUGACUGUUGACAUCACAGCAGGUGUUAGCUUCACCAUGACUAGUGGUGUUAUAAAUGUGAAAUAAAGUACUGUUCUAUCAUC